CCACCGCCGCAUCCCUACAACGAACAGCCGCCGGACCGCACCGCACCGCGCCUUAUGUAUGGAAAACUAACCCUACAGUCGACAUUCGCUAUCCGGAGUCAAUUCACACGCCCGCACAGCUCGCGGUAGCCCAGAGUGCAAUCACGCUCGCGACCGACGCGCCGCCUCAAAUCACCAUGGCCACGGCCUCGCCCACCCCUAUGGGCUCCUACAGCAGCCUCGGGCGCAUGCGCUCGCACUCAAAUGUGCGGCCCCGCAGAGACUCGCCGCUCAGCGUGCUGGGCCAGAGCCAGGGCUUCUCGGCGAAUGCGCCCAUGAUGCAAAACAUCGACAUUGGCGAUUCGUCCGAUGACGAGAUCCCGCAGCCCAUGAAGCUCAGCGCGCUCACCACCGCGCUGCUGGCACAGAACGAGGCCAACUCGCCUGAAAGGGUACGAAAGCCAAAAUUACGCGUCUCGCGCAGUGGGUCGGGCACGCCCGUGCACGAUACCGUCACACCUGCCCCCAGUCUGCGCAUCAAGAGGGUACCGCUGCGAGGCGCGCCCAUGAGGAGAUCACGACGGACGCCGCAGAGCGAAGAUGAAAAGCAUCCACCCUCACAGGACCAGGAAAACAUCGUCCCUAUGUCGGUAGUAAAAUCGGAUCCCAAGGAUGCCGUCCACUCUGGCCUGAAGGUUCCGGACUCCAUCAUGAAGACAGCAGACCACGACAUGCAACCCCCGCGACAGCCUCUGUCACCCAUCCAGAGACAGGAAAGACCAAUGCCAUUACAGUCGAUAAGCGCGAAUACCCCGAGAAGACCGGCGCCUCCCCCACCACCGAAGAUGUCUGCGCUUGAGACUGCAACCGCUAGUGCUGGUGCUGCAACGACCAAGACUAGAGAGCGCAAGAAGAGGAGCCUCGUGACCAUCCACAACAAAACCUACCAGCUCAUGGACCGGAUAGGGAAGGGGGGCAGUUCAGUCGUCAUGCGCGUCAUGGCAGAAAAUUACAAGCUGCUUGCGCUGAAGAGAGUAAAGCUUGAUGAUGCAGACGAAGCUGCUGUUAUAGGCUACAAGGGCGAGAUUGAUUUGUUGGAGAAGCUGAAGAAUGUGGAGAGAGUGGUGAAGCUGUACGACUGGGAGCUCGACAAUGACCGACAGAUUCUGCACGUGCUUUUGGAACUAGGGGAAUCAGAUCUCGCCCGCAUCAUGCGCCUCAAGAAUGAUGCUGCAGACGCGAAGCUCGAUCUCAACUUUACGCGCUACUACUGGAGGGAAAUGCUGUCCUGUGUUGAUGCUGUCCACGAUUACGACAUUGUUCACUCAGACCUCAAGCCCGCCAACUUUGUCCUUGUGCAGGGGUCUCUCAAGCUCAUCGACUUCGGAAUCGCAAACGCCAUCGAGACUGACCACACCGUCAACGUCCACCGAGACGCACAUAUCGGAACCCCGAAUUACAUGUCCCCGGAAAGUCUCGAAGACAGUGCCGGCGGAGCACGAGGCAAGCUUGCAAAUGGCGAGGGCCCCAAAGACAUGAAGCUCGGCAAGCCCAGCGACGUCUGGAGUCUGGGCUGCAUCCUGUACCAAAUGGUCUAUGGUCAAUGUCCCUUCGCACACAUCCCGAAUCAAAUGGGCCGCGUCCUUGCCAUCGUCAACCGCGACUACGAAAUCGAGUUUCGGGAUUACGGCAUCGGCGGUGCUCCGGUCCCGCCAGGCCUUAAGCGCACGCUACGCAUGUGUCUUAACCGCGAUCCCUCACAGCGACCUACCAUCAAGCAGCUUCUCGACGGCGUGGACACGUUUAUUUUCCCUGAGAACGCCGGGGUGCCUGUCUCGAAGGAGCUCCUCAGCAACAUCGUCUGGAAGAUCGUAGAUCGUUGCCGCGACCCGAGCAAGCCGCCUGUCACGCAUGAGGAAAUUAUGAAGGGGUAUCCCGAGAGUUUUUACGCCAAGAUACAGGAGAUUCUGGAGGAUCCUUAUCAGGGUCGCAGGACGUGACAUGUUCAUUGGGCUUGUUCAAUUUCUGGUUUGGCAACGGUUCAAGCGUUCGAGCGAGCGCAUUUCCUCUCCUGCAUUUGCAUUCCUGGCGCGCGAUGCGUGGCCCUCGUGCAUUUUCUGCAACACGCUACAAGAUCUAUUAAUGACGGGAUAUUACGGCGUUUUUGUUUCGCGGCUGGUUUGGCUUUUUUGGAUUACCACUAUUCCCCACUUCGCGAGGGCAUUGUUUAUUUUGCGUUGCUUUGAAUGUUUUUGCAGCGGUCUUGACCGGAGGGAUGCCAUUACUUGUGCAUAGGCGCUUCAGUCCAUGUUACUUGGUUAGAGGAUGCGGAUGGGCCCGCGUCUGGUUGUAUAUACCGCGAUUGAGAGGGGAAGGGUUGGGUAAAGUGUAGAGAGUUGAUGAAGCGAAG